AUGAAUUUGGAAAUUUUUAUACUAUCUAUUGUUUUUAUAAUAUGUGGCCUUCCAUCGUUUCUUAUCAAUAUUGCCACUUUUAUUGUUAUCAUUAAAAAUCAAAUAUUCAGGCGAUAUCACAUAGUUGCAGCAUUUGUUAUAUUAAAUAAUGGUUUAACAGGAUUAGCUGAUAUCGGUUUGGGUAUAACAAGACUUAUUGAUAUGAAUCAUUUUGAUAAUGAUCAAUUAAUUGAUAACUAUUAUUGCAUGCUACAUUGUAGUAAUAUCCUAGUGAUAUUAUUUUUAUUGGAUGGUUUUGGUUUGCUGGCAUUUAGUUUGGAUCGUUUCUUAAUGGUUCGAUUUCCGAUUAUGUAUUUUAAAGAUAUGAGAAGAAUUGUUAUCAUUCUUUUAUCAACACUCUACAUUAUUCCAUUCCUUAUUAUGGCUAUAUCAAUUGCAAUUGAAAUUAUUUCACCGCCACGUCGUAUUUCGCCUAUUUGUCUCGGACAUUUAAUUUAUACGGAAAAUACAUUUUCGGUUAUUUUAUGCAUGCGAACAUUAGCUGCUGCAUUAAGUAUUCCAAUAAUGAUAGCUGUUGUUGUUAUUAUGUUCAGAAAGCGACAAGCAAUAGUGGCAUCAAAUCGAUCAGUAACAUUUACAAAUAUUGAGAGUUUCCUCCAUCGGCAGAAAGAUUAUGCGAUAACAGCAAUUUGGUCAUGUUCAAUAACAUUUUUUCUAUAUAUUUUACCAGCAAUAAAUCAACUAAUUCAUGAUCGUUUGGAUACCUUUAAUGAGAAUGAAAUGGCAUUAUAUGCUCUUAUAUUAGGUAAUAUCAAUUCCUACAAUAUUGCACUCAUUUUUAUCUAUCGACAAAAAAACAUUUUUAAAAAUAUUAAAAAAGUUUUUUGCAAAUUUUAUCCAUUAAAGAAAGUGACAACAGUGGUACCAGGAAUUGAAAAUCAAAUUGUUGCUCGGGUAAUUGUUAAACCAAUAAAUAUCGAAUAA